AAUCAUAACCAACCUUAAUCUGGCGUCAAGGUUUGGAGAACGAACAGUAAAAUCUACACCAGACCCAAAUAAUUAUCAACAAGGAAACAUCACUGACAAUGAACACCAUCAUCGUUGUACUUGUAGUAGCGAUUUCAGCGGUGCAUGGAUUCGAACCCAAAUGCCGCAAUUCGUUUGACUUGGUUGUGUCUCCCGACUGUCGUUCAUUGUACCAAUGCAUCGGUGGUAUGCCCUUGCUUAUGCCAUCCUGUCCGUCCGGCCAGGUGUUUAACCGGAAGUACAAGGUGUGCGUCCGUGAAAACAGCGAAUACGACGAUUGUAGGAAAACCCUUACUGUUCAGGAUGACAAAGAUGACGUGUGUAGAGACGAUUUGUGUAAGAACGGUGCUACCUGUACAAGUCUCGAGGACGACAAGUCCUUCUUCUUCUGUAACUGUCCGCCAACCCACACCGGACCUACGUGUGAAACAGCAGUCGUCCAGAGUCUGUCCGUGCCACAGUUGUGUGCUGCCAACCCGUCACUAGUGAUCUCCCACCCCACAGAAUGCCAGCUCUACUACAACUGUAGCCACACCUAUCAGACCAUCCCCCGCUAUUUUGAGCAGCACAUGCAAGAGUGCACAUACCCCAAGCUCUUUUCCAACCGCACACUCUCCUGUGAGGCUUUUGAAGAUGUCACGUGUGGGACUCGUGCGGAAUACAAAUCUGCAUGUAAUUACCACUCUAAUAAAUGUCCUGUCGCCCACUGCUACCCGUGUCACCUUGCCCAUCCGAGUUGCGAAGGUCUUCCUGAUGGGAUCCACGCUCACGCGACAAAAGUUGGAUCCCCUGAAUUCAUGAUAUGUCGAUCAGAACGCACGAUCGAAACUGGCAGAUGUCCGAUUGAUAAGGAGACCUCCCAGCAGACAUUUGUCAAGUACGGGAAGUGCAGCCUCCUUGAAAUCUGGUUCAAAAUUUAUAAUAUCGCCGCCAAAUAUCUAACCAUGUACACUUUUGUACUUUGUGGUCUGGUGCUGAUGAUGGGAAGCCAUGUUUGGUCAGAGGAGGUUGCAUGCCGGAGUGACUUCGACUCCUUUGUGGACAAAGAAUGUCAGACCAUGUGGCAGUGCGUUUGGGGUAAAGCAAUCAAAAUGCCAGGAUGUCCCGCAAAAGGUCUCGUCUUUAGUAAACGCUACAAGGUGUGUGUACGGAAAGGCAGCGAGUUCGAUGACUGUGAUACCGAUAUCAGCACAUUUAAACCUGACAAGCCGUGUGAAAACAAACCCUGUAAGAACGGAGCUUCUUGCAUGGGACUCGGUGACGACAAGGGCUUCUUCUGUACCUGUCCGCCAACCCACACCGGACCUACGUGUGAAACAGUUGUGACAACCCUUGACAUAGCCUCCGCGUGUGCUCACAACCCUGACCUCGUGAUCCCCCACCCCACGGAAUGUCAGCUGUACUACAACUGUAGCCACACCUAUCAGACCGUCCCCCGUUUCUUUGAACAAAACAUGCAAGAGUGUUCCUAUCCUCAGCUGUUCUCAGCCGAAACCAAGAAAUGUGAAUCCUUUGAGGACGUACAGUGUACAUACCGCCAGGAACAUAAAUCCGGAUGCGGAUACCGUCAGAACAAGUGUCCCGUGGCCCACUGCAUUCCCUGUGACAUCCGGUUCCCGAGUUGCGAGACGUUGAAUGACGGAAUGUACCCACACGCGACCCGAGCUGGCUCACCUUGGUACAUGGUAUGCAUGAAGGGGCGCACCAUCAGUACCGGACUAUGUCCCGUAGAUCAAACGUCCCGGAAGCAGCUGUACGUUACAAACGGAAGUUGCAGUUCAUACAGCUUGUGAACGGCGGAAGUGACGAAGAGUUUGUGUGCAGGAAGAACAGACUUUUGUAUGAACUCAGCUGGACCUGUACAACAAACUAAAUAAUGUCAAAAGUAUCGUUGUGUAACAAAUAAUGCAUGUUUUCUCUCAAUUUACUAUUUAUUACUUCCCAUUAAAUUGUUUUUAAAUAAA